GCACUCAGCUGAUUUCGUAUUUUCAACGCAAAUAAAACCAAAUAAUCAAAUAUUUAUACAAAAAGUACAAAUUCCAAAAAGAUAAUUCCAUAGCGUCACCUUUAAGUGCACUUAUUUAAAAAUGCAACUAGUCUUCGUUAGGUUGCUAACGAAACUUGAACAACGUCUUUUCACUCUGUAACCAAAACAAAACAACACCAACAAAAAAAAAAAAAAUAAGAAAAUGUCUCAAUUAACCGAACAAUAUAAAAAAUUCAUAGCAAUUCUUCUUGAAAAACGAGACAAAUUGCUCAUAAUUAAAAUAAACAAUCCACAAAAAAAGAACUCAAUGACUCGAGAUGCUUACAUUGAAAUUGCUCAAGUUCUGAGAUUAGCAGGUGAAGAUGAUUCUGUGGCAGUUGUUGCCAUUACAGGAACUGGUGAUUACUUUACGUCGGGUAAUGACUUAUCUCUGACAAAUGCUAUGGACAGAGAUUAUGAUGAAGUCUUACAAGAAACUGACAGGGUUUUAAAGAGUUUGAUAAGCGCUUAUUAUGAGUUUCCAAAGGUUCUAGUUGCUGUGGUCAAUGGCCCUUGUAUUGGCAUUGGAAUGACCACAGCUGCUCUUUGUGACAUCAUCUAUUGCACUGAUACGACAUAUUUCCUAGCACCAUUUACUAAACUCGGACUUUGUGCUGAGGGAUGCUCGUCAUAUACAUUCCCUCGGCUACUUGGCAAGUCCAAGUCUAUUGAAGUUUUGCUUUUAAAUCAAAAGCUAACAGCCGAAGAGGCUCUUCGGCUGAAUUUCGUUGCCGAUGUGGUAAAACCUAAUGAACUUGAGACAAAAAUCUGGCCAAAGGUAAUGGAAAUAACAAGACUCCCAAUGGGAUCAUUGAUGGCUGGAAAGUUACUCCUCAGAAGAGCCUGUCACAGCGACUUGGAAAAGGCUAUGAACAACGAAUGUGAGGAAUUGCAGAAGAGAUUCCGUUCAGAGGAAUUCUUCAAUGCUAUCGCAGAAUUUAGUCAAAGGAAGUCAAAGCUUUGAAUACCAAAAGCAUGGAAUUGAGGCUUGCGACCUUGAGAUUGUAUUUUCUUAAACCUUUUAUCUUUGAAUUUAAACCAAAAUAUUUGUAUUUUAAAUAAGUUAUCUUCUUCGUUGGCUCUAGGUCUAAGUUUGAAAUUUUUAACUUUUUCGUCGACGUUUCGCGUUUUUUCAAGACUAAGCAAAUAAAAUAAUUCUUUAAAAAUGUUAAUAUAAUUUAAAAUAA